UGUUUGCGGAAUUAUGUUCAAGUUGUUAUUAUUAAAUAUAACCUUUGCUUACUUGGUCUUUAUGGCCCUAGGCUUGGAGGGUUCGAAACCAGCUAAAAAGGAUGAAGUACCAAAAACUGUACAGAAUUUCAAUUUUACACUGGAUAAAAUUGUGCAACAACCACGUUAUGAAAAAGUCUAUUUAAAUGAUAAAGUUUUCUAUGUGACUUUUAUUCAGGCCAAUUGGCUUUCAGCUGCCGAAUAUUGCAGCUCUCAAGGUUUAACUUUGGCAAGCAUCACCUCAACUGUUGAGAAUCAAAAAUUAGUGCAAGUUCUGCGGGACAAAGGUCUUGUUUAUGGUGGCAUCUCUUAUUGGCUGAGCGGCUCCGAUUUGGCACACCAUGGAAGAUGGGUCUGGCUAAGCAAUGGACGCCCCAUAACCAAUGCCAACUGGGCUAAGGGACAGCCUAACAACUAUCUAGGUAUUGAACACUGUUUGGAGAUGUAUUCGGAUGGCAGAUGGGAUGAUGUGGACUGUGGAAAAAUAAAUUUUGUUGUGUGCGAAAAUCGUUGUCCCUUGAACAGCUAUAAUACACCGCUUUUUAAAUAGAAGAAGUAACUGAAAUCCCUAAAGAUGGAAUUGAACUUGCCAUCUUGGGUAAGAGCUAUUUUAAAUAAUUAAAGCAUACAAUUAUAUUUAAACUUA